GCUGCAGCGCAGCGCAGUGCAGUGCAGCGCUCCCUUGGGUGCAGCUCUGGGCAGUGCAUUGAUGCUCAGGAUGCAGUGCAGCACUUCUCGCUGCACAGUGCUGUGCAGGACAGCACGUCGCUCCCUGGGGUGCGGUGCAGUGCAGGGCUGGGCUGCGCAGCACUCUCCAGUGUGCAGCACAAGCAGCGCAUCUCUCCUUGCAGUGCAGUGCAGCGUGGCGCAGCGCAGUGCUCCGUGGUGUGCAGUGUGUUGCUCUUCAGGAUGCAUUACGGUGCAGCGCAGUGCAGGACAGCACAUCUGCUCGCCAGCACGUGUGGUGCAGUGCAUCAUUGCCUUGGGUGCAGCUCAGGGCAUCGCCUUGCUCCUUGGAGCGCUGCACAUGGCAGUGCAGUGCUGGGCAGUGCAUCGCUCCCUGGGGGGCAGUGAAGUGUGUUGCAGUGCUGGGCAGUGCAUUGCUCCCCGGGUGCAGUGCUGGGCAGUGCAUUGCUCCCUGGGGUGCAGUGCUGGGCAGUGCAUUGCUCCCCGGGGUGCAGUGCUGGGAAGUGCAUUGCUCCCCGAGGUGCAGCACAAUGCAGCGCGUUGCUCAGUGAGGUGCAGCGCUGCACAGUGCAGUGCGUUGCCCCCUGGAGCACAGUGCAGUGCAGUGCAUUGGUCCCCAGGAUGCAGCACAGCGCAGUGCCCCCUGGGGUGCAGUGCAGUCUGUUGCAGCGUGGCACAGUACGUUGCUCCCUGCAGCGCUGAGCAGUGCACUGCUCCCUGCUGUGCAGCAACAACGCAGCGCAUCGCUCCCUUGGGUGCAAGGCAGUGCAUUGCAUUGCUCCCCACGGUGCAUCGUGGUGCGGCGCGUUGCCCCCCGGGGUGCUGUGGAGUCCGUUGCAGCGCUGGGCAGCGCAUUGCUCCCCGAGGUGCAGCACGGCGUGGUGCAUUGCUCCUGGGGGUGCAGCACAGCACGCCGCAUCGCUCCUGGGGGUGCAGCACGGCGCAGUGCAUUGCUCCCUGGGGUGCAGCGUGCAGUGCAGUGCCUCCUGGAGCGCGGCGAAGGCGCUGUGUCCGCACAGAGGGACCCCCUCCCAACGCAGCAGCCGUCCCUGCGCUGGGGACGCUGCAGUCCCCGGGUCACCUUAGGACAGAGCAGAGCACACCGGGGCGGGGGGAGCCGGGGAGGUCCCUCCCUCCCUCCCCGCAUCCUUCCACGGCUGCGGGAACCCAAAAAACCAUCCCCUGCUGCCGUCACCUAAAAUGGCUGUUGGGUAACCUACUUCCACCGCCUCCGCCGCCGCCGCCGAGCGUGACUCCGUGCAGCGGAGAGGUUUGGGGCGGACGCGUUCCCCCCGCUUCGCCGCCGCCGUCACCGGGGACCCACACGGGGGCUGGCUGACCCCUCCCGGAGCCCUCCUCGGAGCCGGAGCGCAGCGGCGGCGGUGGUGGUGGUGGCAGCGGGGCCCCUCACGGUGCCAAGCCCCCCCCCCCCCGUGCCCCCCCCUCGGCACCAUGCCCUCCAGCGGAGCCCUCGACGCCAGCAGCCCUGCGCCGGACCGCGAGGCGCAUGACACGCACAAGGGGGAAGAGGAGCAGGAGGAGCACCCGAGCAAGGAGGAGAAGCAGGAGCCAGGGACGCCCAUGAGGAAGGCCGGGCGGCCCGGGCGGAAGCGCAAACACGCCCAGGUGGAAAGCAGUGACACACCCAAAGACACGGCGGCCGUCCCCAAGUGCCCCCCUCCCUGCCCAGAGGCCAGCCCUGCCGAGCCACUGCCCAACGGGGACCUGGAGGCGGACGGAGCCCAGUGGAAGGGCACGGAGGAGGGCGGCGCGAGCCCCAAAAGCGGGCGCCCCGAGGAGGACGAGACGGAGAGCCUGGCGGAUGGCGAGACGGGCCGGGCGCUGGAGAACGGCCGCUGCACCCCCAAGGAGGGCCUGGACGCCCCGGCCGAUGAGGGUGAGCUGGCCCCUUCCGACCCCCAGAAGAAACGCGGGAGGAGGAAACUCCUGGAGGCCACAGAGAAAAGCAAGGAGGAGAAGGAGGAAAACAACUUCGACAGCCUGAAAAUGGAGGGCUCCCGUGGGCGGCUGCGGGGCGGGCUGGGCUGGGAGUCGAGCCUGCGGCAGCGCCCCAUGCAGCGGCACACCUUCCAGGCAGGGGACCCAUACUACAUCAGCAAGAGGAAGCGCGACGAGUGGCUGGCACGCUGGAAGAGAGAGGCGGAGAAGAAGGCAAAAGUGAUCGCCGUGAUGAACGUGGUGGAGGAGACGCCGCGGGCCGAGCCGCAGAAGGAGGAGGAGGCCAGCCCCCCUGCCUCACAGCAGCCCACCGACCCUGCCUCGCCCAACGUGGCCACCACGCCUGAGCCUGUGGUGGCCGACGCCGUCGACAAGAACACAUCCAAGUCAGCCGACGACGAGCCUGAGUACGAGGACGGUCGGGGCUUCGGCAUCGGCGAGCUGGUGUGGGGCAAGCUGCGUGGCUUCUCCUGGUGGCCGGGGCGCAUCGUGUCCUGGUGGAUGACGGGACGCAGCCGGGCAGCCGAGGGCACCCGCUGGGUGAUGUGGUUCGGGGACGGCAAGUUCUCAGUGGUCUGCGUGGAGAAGCUCCUGCCCCUCAGCUCCUUCUCCAGCGCCUUCCACCAGGCCACCUACAACAAGCAGCCCAUGUACCGCAAAGCCAUCUACGAGGUGCUGCAGGUGGCAAGCAGCAGAGCAGGGAAGAUCUUCCCGGCGUGCCCCGAGAACGACGAGACUGACACCUCCAAGGUGGUGGAGAUCCAGAACAAGCAGAUGAUCGAGUGGGCGCUGGGCGGCUUCCAGCCCUCCGGCCCCAAGGGCCUGGAGCCCCCCGAGGAGGAGCGCAACCCCUACAAAGAAGUUUACACAGAGAUGUGGGUCGAGCCAGAAGCCGCUGCCUACGCGCCACCCCCACCCGCCAAAAAACCCCGGAAAAGCACAACAGAGAAACCCAAGGUCAAGGAGAUCAUCGAUGAGCGCACCCGAGAGCGACUGGUCUACGAGGUGCGGCAGAAAUGCAGAAACAUCGAAGAUAUCUGCAUCUCCUGUGGGAGCCUCAACGUCACCCUGGAGCACCCUUUGUUUAUCGGGGGAAUGUGCCAAAACUGCAAGAACUGCUUUCUGGAGUGCGCGUACCAAUACGAUGACGACGGAUACCAGUCCUACUGCACCAUCUGCUGUGGUGGGCGCGAGGUGCUCAUGUGCGGCAACAACAACUGCUGCAGGUGUUUCUGUGUGGAGUGCGUGGACCUGUUGGUGGGGCCGGGGGCUGCACAGGCAGCCAUCAAGGAGGACCCCUGGAACUGUUACAUGUGCGGCCAUAAGGGUGUCUAUGGGCUCCUGCGGCGGCGCGAAGAUUGGCCAUCGCGCCUCCAGAUGUUCUUCGCCAACAACCACGACCAGGAGUUUGAUCCGCCGAAGGUGUACCCGCCUGUCCCUGCUGAAAAGAGGAAGCCCAUCCGUGUGCUGUCGCUGUUUGAUGGCAUCGCCACCGGCCUGCUGGUGCUGAAAGACCUGGGCAUCCAGGUGGACCGCUACAUCGCCUCCGAGGUGUGCGAGGACUCUAUCACUGUGGGCAUGGUGAGGCACCAGGGCAAGAUCAUGUAUGUUGGCGACGUCCGAAAUGUCACCCAGAAACACAUACAGGAGUGGGGCCCCUUCGACCUGGUCAUCGGGGGCAGCCCCUGCAACGACCUCUCUAUAGUGAACCCAGCCAGGAAGGGGCUGUACGAGGGCACUGGGCGCCUCUUCUUUGAGUUCUACCGCCUCCUGCAUGAAGCACGGCCCAAGGAGGGUGACGACCGACCCUUCUUCUGGCUCUUUGAGAACGUGGUGGCCAUGGGGGUGAGCGACAAAAGGGACAUCUCACGCUUCCUCGAGUCCAACCCCGUCAUGAUUGAUGCCAAAGAGGUGUCUGCGGCACACCGGGCACGGUACUUCUGGGGUAACCUUCCCGGUAUGAACAGGCCGCUGGCGUCCACGGUCAAUGACAAGCUGGAACUCCAGGAGUGCCUGGAGCACGGCAGGAUAGCCAAGUUCAGCAAAGUGAGAACCAUCACCACUCGCUCCAACUCCAUCAAGCAGGGCAAAGACCAGCACUUCCCCGUCUUCAUGAACGAGAAGGAAGACAUCCUGUGGUGCACGGAGAUGGAGAGGGUGUUUGGCUUCCCGGUGCACUACACGGACGUGUCCAACAUGAGCCGCCUGGCCCGGCAGAGACUGCUCGGCAGAUCCUGGAGCGUGCCGGUGAUCCGCCACCUCUUUGCGCCCCUCAAGGAGUACUUCGCCUGCGUUUAGGAGAGCCGGACGGGGACUGUGCCACGGAGCGCGUCGGAACCGAACCAUCCAUGCCAAGAGAAGAGAAAACGCGGAGCGAGAGAAGAGCCAGCACCCAGCAGAGAGACGGGAGCACGGCGCGGCGGCCGCCGGCACGCGCCUCCCCGAGCGCAGGGCUCGGGGCCUCCCCAUCCCCAACGAUCAGCUUUCAGCCUAUUUAAAACCAGGAGAAAAAAAAAAUUAAAAAAAAAAUAAGAAAUAAAUCACACCAGGACAAAAAAAAAAAAAAAGAAAGAAAACAAAAGGAAAAAUCAAAAAACCCACAAAACAGAAGGAAAAAAAAAAACAAAAGGAAAAAAUAAAAUACGGAUAAAACGCAACAUGGGAAAUCAAAACACGGAAAUAAACAAAAGGAAAAAACAAAAUACGAAAAUAGAAAACAAAAGGAAAAAACGUAACAUGGAAAAACACCAAAUUAUGGCAAAACAAAAUGUGGAAAGAAAACAAAAUACAGAAAAAAAAACAAAACGCGGAAAAACAGAAGAUGGAAAAACAAAAGAUGGAAAUAAAAUGUGGAAAAAAACUAAAGGGAAAAUAACAAAAUAUGGAAUAACAAAACAAAAGGAAAAAAAGAAAUGAAAAAUACAGAGAAACAAAACGUGGGGAAAAAGAAACCAAUGUGGAAAAAUCAAAACACAUAAAAACAAAAUGUGGGGAAAAAAAAAAAAACAAAGCAAAAGAAGAAAAAAAAACAAGCAAGGAAAAAAGAAAAAAGCAAACCGAAAAAGACAAAAAACAAAAGGAAAAAAAAAAACGAAAGGAAAAAAACACAAAACAAAAGAGGAAAAAAAAACAAACAAACAAACCAAGAAACAAAAAAAUACGACCAACCAAAACGGUUUUUAAUUUUUUUUCGGGGUAACCUUUUCCGUUUUCCGCUCUUUUCUGGCUGGGUUUUUCCGUUCGUUGGGUCCCUGCUGCUCGGAGCUGCGGCGCCCGCGCCUCCCUCCCUCCUUGCCAGCAGCACCGCGCGCGGUGACACGGAGCAGAAGCACCGGCGGGGACGCGGCGGACACGCGCACGCCACACUCACACCUUUUCUACAAUAUUUUGGGUGCCUACCACACGGGAAACCUUGAAGAAAGCAAAUCCUAGAAGCCGCUGUUACCUCUUGUUUACAGUUUAUAUAUAUAUGAUAGAUAUGAGAUAUAGAUAUAUAUAUAUAUAAAAGGUACUGUUACUACUGUACAACCCGACUUCAUAAUGGUGCUUUUAAACAGCGGGGGGAGUCGAGACAUCAGCUUCCACGUUGCCUUACGCGCCGCGCCUUUCCGGAGCCGCGUGGAGGGGGCCGGCGGGGCCGGGGGGGAGCCCCCACCCCGACUCAUGCAAUAACCUUUUUCUGUCCCAAAAGGAAGCGGCGCCGUCCCGCCCGACGUACUGGUGCUGUUCUGCGUACGUGGCCCCGAGCGGGCGGAGGUUUCGGCGCGGAGGCGGUGCCGGAGCGGUGCUCGGACCCUGGUGCUAACGCUGGGUUGGGACGGGGCUGGAGCCCACCCCGUGCCGGUGUUUUUUUGGAGCGAUGGGUUCCAGCGGUCCUUUUGGUGGGCACCACGGUGCGUCCAUGGUGCACCCGUGGCAGCAGUAGCUGCAGGAGGGCGCAAGGCGGCCGGUGCUGUGCUGAGCGUGGGGAUGCUGCGGUGGCGUGAUGGUGGUGGUGACCGUCGUGGUCGUGGGUCAUGGUCAUGGUGAUGGUCACGGUGACAGAGACAGUGGUGGUCAUGGUCUUGGUGGCAGUCGUGGUCAUGGUGACAGUGAUGGUCAUGAUCAUGGUUAUGGUCACAGUGACUGUCAGGGUGAUGGUCAUGAUCAUGGUUAUGGUCAUAAUGAGAGUCACGGUGGCAGAGACAAUGACGAUCGUGGUGAUGGACAUGAUAUUGGUGCUGAUCAUGGUCACCGUGACAGGGAUAGUCAUGGCCACGAUCAUGGUUAUGGUCACAGUGACGGUCACGAUGACAGAGACAGUGACAUUGGUGGUGAUGGUCAUGGUCUUGGUGGCGGUCAUGGUUAUGGUGACGGUCAUGGUGACUGAUGGUCAUAGUGACAGUAACAGUCACAGUGAUGGUCAUGCUGAUGGUGGUGAUCCUGAUGCAGUGAUGGUCAUAGUGACAGUCAUCAUGUCAGUGACAGUCGAGGCGAUGGUCACGGUAGUGGUCAUGGUGAUAACGACGAUCAUGGUGAUGGUCAUGGACUUGGCGAUGGGUCAUGGUUAUGGUAACAGUGAUGGUGACGGUGAUAGUCGUGGUCAUGGUCAUCGUCAUGAUCGUGCUGAUGGUCAUGGUCAUCGUGACGGUUGUGAUGAUGGUCACGGUGAUGGUGACUGUGACGGUCAUGAUGAUGGUGAUGGUCGUGGUGACAGUCACGGUGGCAGUGACAGUGGCGAAGACGACAGCCUGGCGGCAGAGUUCCGGAGCCGGGUGCGUUCAGCGGUGCUGCGGUGCGGAUGGUGCUCAGCGCUCGGGGUUCAGUUGCGGUGCGCGGGGGGAGCGCAGGGACUGGUGCUAAGGCACGGGGGGGCCCCGUUGCCGUCUCUUCCUGUAACUGUGAAAGGGGGGGUCCUGUGCGCAGGGCGGGGGCCAGGACACCCCCGGCCCCACCGUGCCACCACCGCCGCCGGCAGCUCGGUGCAGGGUGCUGGCUAAUGCGCAGCGAGCCAGCCGGCGGCGUUGCGGGGUGCUUGGAGAGGUGCUCGGGGCAGGGGGUCCCCAUGGUGCUAGGAGGGGGCCGCAGGGCUGGGGCAGCGCUGUGGGUCCUGUGUGGUGCUGGGUGCAGGGCCUGCAUGGUGCGUGCUGCAGCAUGGCUGCAAAGCCCUCAUGGCCCUGCAGCACUAGGUGCAAGUCCUGCGACUCUGGGUGCAAACCCUGCGCCACUCUGCAAUGCUGGGUGCAAAUCCUGAAGCACCAAAUGCAAAUCCUGCAUGGCCCUGUAAGCACUGUUUGUCCAUCCCACAUUGCACCAGAUGCAAGCCAUGCAUGGCCCUGCAGCAUAGGGUGCCAAUUUUGCAGGGUCCUGCAGAACUGAUUGCAAGUCCUGCACAGCCCUGCAGCACCAGAUGCAAACCUGGCAUAGCCCGGCAGCAUAGGGUGCAAACUUUGCAUGGUGCUGCAGCGCUGUUUGCAGGUUGUGUGUGGUCCUGCAACAGCAGGUGCAGAGCAAUGCGUAGGCCUGCAGCAUAGGCUCCAAACUUUGCACGGCGCUGCAGCACAGGUUGCAGGCCCUGCAUGGCCCAGCAGCAGAGGGUGCACACUUUGCACAGCCCUGCGGCACUGCUUACAGGUCGCACACGGCGCUGCAACACCUGAUGCAAGCUGUGCACGGCCCUGCAGCAUAGGGUGCAAACUUUGCAGGUCCUGCACAGCCCUGCAGCACCAGAGCAAGCAAUGCUCAGCCCUGCAGCACACAUUGCAAUGCAGCACAGGGAAGCAGCAGCUCCUCCGUUGCAGCACAACUGGAAGGCGCCCGCGGCAGCGGCCCCCACUAUGGGGGAUGCUUGGGGAAAGAGUUCCGUUUUUAACGUCCCCGACCCACAGCUUUUUUUAAGACAAACAGACACCUUUUGUUGCACAGCCCUAGAUUUAAAAAAAAGAAAAAUAAAGAAAAAAUAAAGAAAAAAAAUUUAAAAAAAAUAAAAAAAAUGAAACCUAAAUUCCUUAAGAUCCGCUGAGGGAUAGGUGACAAACACGGUGCUAAAACGUUUUAUUAAGAAUAUAUAUUGUUAACUUAAGUCUGCUGUCCGGACAAUGACUGUUUGUUUCGUUUUCUCGUAGUGGAGUUUCAAAGAGCACUAUAAUUUUACUCUGAUAUAUUAUUAUUAAAAAAGUAAAAGGCAAAAAAAAAAAAUCAUUAAAAAAAAAAAAAGAUGGAAAAAAACAAAAACGGGAGAAAUGAACGGGAGGAAAAAAAAACGAGAAAAAAAAAUGAAAACAGAAAAAAGUAAAAGGAGAAGAAGAAAGGAAAAAAGAUGAAAAAAAAAAAAGAAAAAAUGCGGAAAAAAAAAGAAAAAAAAAAAGAAAAAAGGAAAAAAAAAGGCAAAAAAAAAAAAAAAAAGGCAUUGUAACUUUGUACUUGAAGCCAGCCGCGCUCGCGUGUUUCCGCCCCGCGCCGUGGAAGCAGCCGCAGCGCCGCAGUGUGGGGAACGCCGUGUGCUCACCCCGAGGGAUCGCCGCGUCGAGUUGGGACCGCUCCUCCGGCGGGCGCCGCCGCCCGCGCCACAUUCCGCCCCGCGCCCGCGCCCUUCCUCCUCCUCCUCAUCCUCCUCUCUCUCUCUCUUCCUCUCUCUCUCUCUCUCUCUCUCUCGGUUCGUUCCUUUUGUUUUCGCGUUGUUUUGGGGUUUUUUGUUUUGUUUUUUUUUUUUCCUUUUUUUUUCUUUUUUUUUUUUUUUUUCCUUUUUUGUUGUUCUGUUCUGUUUUGUUUUGGGUUUUUUUUUUCGGAUUUUUUGGUUUAUUUUUUAGGGUCGCUUCUCUAUUUAUUGCCGGGAGCUGUGUACAUUUCACCGUACGGUUCGCCCGCGGCCGCUGCCCGGCGCUCUGUUGUAUCUGUGUGAGUAUUGCUCGUGACAUUGCUGUUCUGAACUAAUUAAGAGGUCAAAUGCGUGCAGCAGGUGUAGGAAGUCUGUCCGUCCCGCUCCCAUCCCAUCCGCCUUUUUAUUUUUUCUCUGGUGCCCGGAAGAAUACCAUAAAGACGAGCUCCUUUCUAAUGUACUUGUGCUGGAGAACACUUGAAUAAAUGUACUGUUUUUGUGCAAAAAAAAAAAAAAAAAAGGAGAAAAAAAAGAGGAAAAAAAAAGAGAAAAA